AUGAAGUGGCUUGGGAUCCUCGGACUGGUGGCCUUUUCAGAGUGCUUAGUCAGAAUCCCUCUCACAAAGAUCAAGACCAUGCGAGAAACUCUCAGGGAUAAAAAUCUGCUGACAAUGUUCCUGGAGGAAAACACUGAUGACAGUUCCCAGAAUGUCAAUGAUGACACAAGAAUGUCUCUUCAACCACUGAGGAACUACCAGGAUAUGCACUACGUUGGAAAAAUCACCAUUGGAACACCUCCUCAGGAGUUCAGGGUCAUCUUUGACACAGGCUCAUCUGUCUUGUGUGUGCCCUCUAUCAACUGCUCCAGUCCCUUCUGCCGUACACACAAGCUGUUCAACCCUCAUUCAUCUACCACCUAUCGGUCCACAGCCCAUCAUUUCGAACUCGCCUACGACUAUGGGAGGAUGAUUGGCAUUAUUGCCUUUGACACUGUUCGGAUCGGGAACCUUGUCAUCCUGGACCAGGCAUUUGGUCUGAGCGUGACACAUACUUGGUGGCAACAUGACAACUUUGAUGGCAUCCUGGGCCUUAGCUACCCCAGCCUUUCCCCGAAGGUCCCCCUCGUCUUCGAUACCAUGAAGACCCGAGGCAUCAUAUCUCAGCCUGUCUUUGCCUUCUACUUGACUACUGGGAAAGAGAAUGGCAGUGUGGUGAUGUUUGGUGGAGUGGACCACAACUACCACAAAGGAAAGCUCAAGUGGAUACCAGUGUCCAGAACCCAAUUCUGGCAGAUAGCCAUGAACCGCAUCACCAUGUUGGGGAAGGUUAUUGGUUGUUUCCACGGCUGCCAAGCCAUUUUGAAUACUGCAAACUCAUACUUGAUGGGCCCAACUAGAGUGAUUACCACCAUCCACAAUCUCAUCCGUGCCAGCACUUUUGAAACAAAGAACAUGGUCCCAUGUAACAGCAUCGGGCAUCUGCCUACAAUCAUCUUCACCAUCAAUGGCAAUGACUACCCGGUGCCCGCUCAGUCCUACAUCGGGAAGGUGGCAAACAAGCAGAUUUAUAGACUUGGGGUUCCUCUGCUGAAUAAUCUUCCACCUUACUCUGGGUCCAAAGAUCCUCAAUGGGAAUAUCCCUUCCAGCCUUCAGAUCCUGACCCCUGUGGCACUUUCCGUUACAGCCAACUCCAGCUCCUCCAGGAGUUCUGCCUUCACUCCAGGCCUUAA